CUGUAAAUCGCCAACCCCACCGCCUCUCGUAUCUCCUGCUGCCACGACAUCUGAUUCUCAACCAACAUGGCAGAGCACACAGAAUCGCUUCGGUCUCCUUUUAUUGUCCGCGGCCUUCCAAAGGCUCCCUCCUCAUCGUCAAUAUCAGACAUGAGGACAAGUGAGCCCCAGAAACUUCGCGUCCUCAUCGCAUCGAACGGAUCCAAGGAUGUGGCGCAAGCACUCGCCCUCGUCGUCCGACUGUCCAAGAAUACCAAGAUUGAAACCCGAGCAAUUGUCGACGAAGAAGCAUACCCGACGCAUCGACUGUCCCAGGAGACGCUGACCCUGCAGAACAAAGCCUUCAAGCCAUGCAGAGAGACCGACGAAGCACGGAGGCAGAUCGAACGAGAGCAGAUCGAGUUCUACCGGCAGCAGGCCUACGAGCUAUGUGACUGGGCAGAUAUGAUGGUGCUGGCACCCAUUGAUGCGGACACCUUUGGGAAGAUGCUUAAUGGCAUCACGGAUUGCCUGGUGCUCGAGAUUCUCCGGGGAUGGGAUGUGUCGAAGAAAAUAUUACUCGUGCCCGGAAUGACGACCUCGAUGUGGGAGAAUCCAAUGACGAAGACACAACUGAGCAAGAUCCGGAGGAAAUGGCAGUGGGUUAGAGUGAUGCAGCCGAUACUGUGGCAUUACGAUAAGGGUCCCACGAAGUGCCUCGUGGGCUGGGACGGGUUUAACGAACUCGUGGAUGUGAUCAAAAACCAAGCCGAGCUCAUGGCUAUUGGCCAUGAUGUUGAUGUUGCCACCUCUGCAGCAGCGAACUUAAUGCGAUAUAACACCAAGACCGAUGCCCUGCUCCCACCCGAGAUCUGGGCUCUCAUUUUCGAGUACGCCGGAGACUGGGAAGUUGCAAUGGCUUUGAACGUCUACGCAAAUAUCCCAACUCCUAUUGAAUGGCAAAGACGAGGACCUGAGCCGAAGGACCCUUUGAACAUCUACAUGCGAUCUCUCGAGUGGACUAUUCUUACCUGCCCUACUCCUACAAUCAUUGAGAAGUUGAGAAUGGCACCAAAAGACCUACGAUACUUAUCCGGUCUUUGUGUAAAGCUCAUCAUCAAGUUCUGUCUCACAGACGUCCUCACCUUUCUCGAAACCCAUUUAAUGGACGUGUUCUGGGCCUCAUUUGGACAGAAACUCCUUCCAACAAAAGCCUCCGCAGUCUAUGGACGUGUUGAGAUCCUAGAAUGGUGGCGCACCUCGCCCACAUUUCUUUCUAAGGACUACACCGCUGAAGCCAUUGAUGGCGCCUCCAAAGCUGGGUUUGUGCACGUUCUAGAUUGGUGGCUGAGAUCCGGUCUCCCUCUGAAGUAUACUGAGGUUGCACUAGAGCAGGCGUCGUCGAAAGGGAACAUCCUAGUAUUGGAGUGGUGGAAACAGGCAAAAGCCCACCCCGCUCUUCAUCUCAAGCCUGGGAAAUCGCUCCUCACAGCAGCGCAAAACAAUCAAUCGCUCGUCCUUCGCUGGUGGGAUAGCUCUGGCAUUCCCGUCUCCUUCUCCGAGUCCGUGGCCAAAGUAGCCUCCCAAAAUGGACACGUAGGCGUACUAGAUACAUGGAGAGAGUUGAAGGGCGAAAAGAUGGUUUUUGACUACCAAGUCUUAGUUCACCCGACGAAGAAUGGACACGUUGAAGUGCUCGAGUGGUGGAAGAAUUAUAGCAGGAGCGAGGACGGGCGGCCAGGCGGUGUCGUUGAAUACAAAACCUGCGACAUCGAAGAAGCCCUGGAGGACUGUGUUGGCAGUCCCGACCAGGAGGAUGCCGUCAAACGAUGGUGGGCCAAGAAUGGGUUGAAUUUGGGAGUCGGGGUCAGUGAGUGGACCAAGAUUAAAGUCUUAUGAGCACACUGAUCCUUUUGCAUCUUCAAUUUGUCUCGGUUAGCGUGGCGUAGGGUUCUGUAGCAUUUUAUCAAUUUCUUCAAAUCAUGUCUGGCUAGAGGUUUCGGGUUCUUUUGCAUGCAAUGAGUGCGGUUUGAAUGCCCUGGUCUCAGUACUUUUACAUUAUCUCCUGGAGUCCUGGGAGCGCACGGAAUAUAUCCACC